CGGUAUAUGUAGCAACUCACUCAUCACUAAAGCCUAAAUGAACUAAAUGCUAUUAAAUUAUGUUGUUUUAAACUUGAAUUUCAGUCAAACAGGGGCUCUUAGGAUUAGGGAAGACUCUUUCUAGUAAUAGUAGGCUGGCUUACUCAGUUAUUGAUAACGAUUAAGUGAUACUUAUUGGAGCCAAGACUGAUUUUAAUUUUAAGAGUAACAAAUUAAUAAUAUAAAUUUAAUAUAAAUACUGACAAUCGGGAGUCGGCUAGUUAGUAGUUAAUAAGGCUAAGUCUAAGUAAGGCGUAAGGGUAAGUUAAGGAGAAUUUAAUAAUUUUAAAAAUUAAAAUACUACUAAUUAUAAAUUAUAGUUAUAGGCUAUUUAUUUAUUACAAUUUAAUUUUAAAUUGAUAUAAAUCAGGGUUCUGCGAAUCCAUAUAAGUAGGCUAUAAAGUAUAAAGUCAUGAUACACGGCCACGGCAUGCUUAGACUAACUUAGACUUAGGAAAAUAAAUAAUAAAGUAAUUUUAAAGUUAUAAGUUAUAUUCCCUAUUUAUUCGGCCUAUUCCCUAUUCUUCUAGUCAGCAACAAUUUUAUUAGUUAAUUACUUGGAGCCGUAGCAUAUUUCGGUCACAAAUUUGACAAAGUCAAAAUCAAAAACUUUUAAAAAAGCAACUUUUUUUCAUCAUAAUCAUAUUCAUUUGUCAUAUUUUAUGUAUUUAAUAUAAAAAGACCAUUUCUUUAUAAAGUUUAUAAUUAUAUUUAUAUGCUUAAUUAAUAAGUUAUUAAUUUAAUAGUGCCUAUUUAAUAUUAUUAAAUAAUAUUUUCAUAAACAUAUUAAUAUUAAAAGUCAUGCAUUGCAAGACUGAGAAAUGGACAGCAUGCAGCCUAAAUAUAUAAAUAUAAACACUCUAUCAGUCUAUCAUCUCAGGCUUAGGGCAGGGGCCAUCAAUAAAUGCUGUUAGCAACAACCACCCAACCCAAAUUGUGAACCCUCAUUAUACAUAAAUUUAAAUUCAUGACCCCCUCCUAGAUGUGUGAGACAUCAUCCAGAUAGUAAUAGCCUAAAAUUGUAGUUUUUACCUCCAAUGGACCCAUCCAUAUCAUUUUUUUUUCCAACACUAAAUUGGAUGGUUCAUGUUUAUUUUAUUUAUCUCAUGAGGUUGACUGGCAUGAGUAUACUAUACAUUUUAAAAAUCUUUUAACAUUUUGCCAGGUCUAAUGUGUCUCAAUACAUUCUCAUUCUCAGUAAGCUUGAUACUUUCUUUAUUUAAAUUUAAAAAAUAUUUGUCCAUUUACUCCUAUAUUUUCAGAACUUGCAAAACACAGAAAAAUUAUGGAUUCUCCAUGUGAAGGUCAUAUUCUCUUGGUCGGAGAUGGCGAUUUCUCUUUUACAGUUUCACUUUUGAAACAUACUUCAGUAGUUGGUAACCAAAUUACAACCUCAAAUCUUGAGACUCCUGAAACUAUUCAACAGCAUAAGCAAGCUGCAGAAAAUAUGACUGCCCUAAUGAAUAUGAGUAAAUGACAUUUAUUACUACCAGUAGUCUUUUAAACGUGAAGCCAAUGCAAUCCUAAAGUGUAUUAUUAAAAUUUCACUUGGGAAUAUUUCUAAUUAGUUAUGGAAAAUACAAAUUUGAACACCAUAUUAAAAUUUUUUUUUACAUGUCAGCCCACACUGCCAAGGUAAUUUGCCCACAUGAAAUGAGUCCCUAAUUGUCAAAACAUGUUUUCUAUGUUGAGAUCUUGGAACACCUUAACUUUUAUUGUUGUUUUUAUGAAUUUGGUUUUUAAAUGUAGUUCUGUUUCCUUAAAAAUGUCAUUUAUAAUCUUACAUAUUCAUCCAAAGUUAAAAAGACUUGUUUUUGCUCAAUUUUUUUAAAAGAAAAAAAUCUUAUCAAUCCACCUAAACUCUGUUUUAAAGGUGCCACUGUAUUACUGGAGACAGAUGCUUGUGAACUGCACACUCACCCUGUCAUUAAUAAGAAAUACUAUCAUCGAAUCAUCUUCAACUUUCCUUUGGCUGACAGACACAACAUCAAGAAAAACAGAUCUUUACUUGCAGACUUUUUCUUCAGGUUAACUUAUUUUUAUAACAGUGUCUUUUAACUCAUUUUUGUUACAGUGUCUUUUAAUUUAAAAAAUACAUUAUCUGAAUUGUGUGUGUGUCUGAUCGUUAAAUUUUAUGUUUUUUAAAUCAUAAAAUGUUUUUUUCUUGAUUCCAGUUGUUCCCAGAUUUUGGCAGAGAAUGGUCAAGUCAUGGUCACUUUGUGCAAAGGUCAAGGUGGAACCCCAGCUGACCAGCCAUUAAGGUCGUGGCAUGACAGUUGGCAGGUCCUCGCCAUGGCCACCAAUGCUGGGUUUAUUCUGACUAGAGCUGUUCCCUUCAAUGACAGUCUCUACCCAGGCUAUCAUAGUGUUGGCUUUAGGUAAAUCUAGAAUUUUAUUGAGGACAAAUCGUGAUUCAGUUAUAAUUUUUUUUUUUUUAAAUUUAAUCGAUCCUUUAAUUUCAUUAUAAUUUUUUAACUGAGGUCCAAAUCUUAAAAUAAUAGGGGAAAAAAUAGCUAUUUAACUCCUUCGUAUAUUGAAUUGUGAAAUUAUUUUUUUUUCUUUGUGUUUAUCUUUAUAUAAAAAUUGUUGUUAUGUAAAUUGUUCCAUGAACACCUUAAAGAUUUCAAGACAAGAGUUUUAACACAGAAGGGGCUUUGACUCACAUCUUUGAGAAAGCUGACAUUGUCAGUGUGCAGGAUGACUUUAGAGGCAGAGGAGUCUUCUCGUUGGAUGAUGGCACAUUUUCCUGCUCACAGUAUAUAGCUGAUAAAUUGAGCAGGUCGGCCAAGUUAUUGUCUUGUUGUUUACACAUUUCAUUCAGUUCAUUCAUUUCAUUGAUAGGAAGCACUGAUUUUAUGUACAACUCAGGAAACUUUAUCGCCAACCUUGUUAGUCUCAGUCAUUGCCAUCCUUGUAUGUCUUGGGUGUCUUGAUUAAGAAAAUAUGUGAUUGAUAUAGAUUUUUGGGGGGGAAACAUUUCAAGUCUAAGACAAAAUAAAAUAAAAGUUAAUCUGUCACACAAGUAAUCAAAAGUCCUAUCAAAUUACAUUUUUUAUACAUUUAUAUUUAACAAACAGGCUUUCUGUAUUGUAGUAGACAUAGAGAAAAAAAAAUAUCAGUAACUUUGAUGGAAGGCUCUGGAUUUUUAUAUUAAGCAUUGUCUUUUGUUUUCUCAAGGAAAUUAUUUUAUAUAUAUUAUCAUUUAUCAUUAAACUUUACAUAUAAUUACAAUAAAUUACAUUUUUAUUUCUGUAUUGCUACCAGAAACUUGUUACUGGAAGAGAGCAACCCCCUGUGUUUGGUCAGAAGAGGAUUAGAGAAAUCUUUUAAAGUCCACAUGAAUGCAAAUCUAGUUCACGAUAAACAAGCCUGGUGUGUUGUGGAAGGUCAUCAAUCCAAAAUUGUUCUUAGAAGUGAUCAGCUUGCUGCUGAAGGUAAAAGAGAGACUCUUCAAAAUGAUGUCGAUUUGAGCAUCGGGGGCUCUCUUGAGCGAAUGAAAGAGAAAAAGAAUGAGGCUAAUAUCUGUACAAUGAUGAAAGAUCAAAGGACUUUAGAACUGAAACACGGUGUUGAAAAUGGUUCACAAGAAAAUGUCAGUCCAACGCAAGAUGCCAGCAGUCACGCCAGUCUUUUCCUACAAAGACUCAUCCCUGGAAACCCCGAGUCCGUUUAUAUUCUUAUCAAAAACAUGAAUUCAUUGUCAGAGAGGGAGACUGAUGGGGUCAUACCAGAGCCUGGUUUAGAUCAACAGAACAGCCCCAGUAUUUUAUCUGAAGAUACUAGUCACGAUGGAACAAGGACCGAAUUAAAAACUGAAGAGGAUAGUGAUAUGGUUGAUGACAUAAGAGAUACAAACAGAGUACAUCAUUACAGAACAUCUCUCCUGGAGAAUUUAGAGAUGCUUUUCACUUUAACUGAUGGCAGUGAAACAGGGGGGAGUGGCGGCUCUGCAGCUUGUAACCCAGCUGACCACGUUCAAAGCUUGACAACAGCCAGCAGCUGUGUGUUGAUGUCAGGCCAAUGUUUAGCUGUGUGCUCAAUACAACCAGAUCUUGUUCCACUCCAGCAUGAGAUGAUCAUAGUUCAAAAGUUGUCUGGUGGUGAACUCAAAGAUGAACAGUUAACAAGGUCCUCAGAAAGUCCUGCCUUCACUAAGUCAACAGAUGGUUUAGUUAAUUCCAAUAUUCCUGAGUAUGAAUUGGCUUCAAGUUGUAUACUUUCUGCACUGCAUGGCUCAAAUUUAUUCUCAGGUUUCAUUUUGUCUUUACAAGUCAGUAGCUCAAACUCUGAUGUUAUUGAAAUGAAUAAAUCUGAUUAUCUUAACAAUAUCAAAUUUAUUAACAUUCAACCUGCUGGUGAUGAGGUGGAUGGCAGAUCUAUAGGUAUUGUUUUAAAUGUGACCAGAGGUGGCAAUAUGUUCUGUGUGUGUCUUAUCAAACUUGAUGCCAUUGUAGCCAACAUCUGCUGUAUUAUGGAUCCCAGACUUUUGUAUUCAUCAAGUUCAAAGUUCACACAGCAGUUCAGAGAAGGUGAAUUCCCAAAGAAGUUAUCACCUUUCAGUUUGUACCCCAUGAAGUUUGCACAUGAUUUAAGUUUUUGGGAAAAUGGAGACUUCGCAGAAAGUGAAUUGUACGAAAUCAUUCGUUGCGCAGCUGGAGAUCUAGUUGUUAAGGUAACACUCAUCGAUCUGUAUAAUGAUGCCAGUACAGGUCGGUUCAGUCGCUGCUAUCGACUUCAUUUCCUGUCUCAUGACAGAGCUCUGUCAUACCUUACAUCUUGGAAGCUCCAAAGUGUCAUCCGGAUGUCUGUGGCACAUAAGCUAAAGAUUACUCUCAGGUAGCAGGUCAAGAAAUGAUCACAUUCUUUUGCUAGUUGUUUGACUUAUUCUUCUUGUCUGUACUUGAUAAGAUAUUAUUGAUAGUGUUUCUAAAAUGAAAUAGAAUUGCAUGAUAAAAAGAUGAGUUGUAAGAGAGCUUGAGCCUCAUCUGCAAUUUUAAAAGAUCUAGAAUGUUUUAGAUGGUAAAAAAUCUAUUGUUCCUGACCAAAAAUGUAGAGUAUCAUUCUCUACGAAUGCAGCACUCCAUAGUAGGGGAGAGUGGGGGUGGGUUGCUAUACUUUUACAUUUUGGCUCACCAUUUUGAUUAGAUUGCAGUAAAAUUGAACUCUGUCGAUAUGAGUUGUAUUAAGCUGAAGGAUACCAAAUUUUUGUCUUCAGCGUGCGACAACCAACCCCACACAGGGCUUUCUCAUUAAAAAAAUAGACCUUGUUUAUCAAAAAUCAAUACUGCAUUUUUCUUAAAUAAUAGAAAAUCAAUCAAGUAUGAUAUAUGAAUAAACUCAAUUGCAGACAAUGUAAAUUUUGUGAGUGUAAAAAAACAACAACCAAGUAACGAACUUUAUGAGAAUCCUAAGUGCUAAUUUUAUUUUCCGCGUGGAGUCACAGCCAUACAUAUACAUAACCUAGAGAAUAAUUGUUGGUUAUGUGCAUUUUUUACCACUCUAAUCAAGGAGGUAGACACAUUGCAUUACAUGAGCUACUAUAUGAGUAUUUUGACUUUUUUUUCAAAAGUGCCAUUUUUGUAACUAUCUGUAACAGUAAAUCACUUAAUCUCACUCAACACAUACCCACACAUAAGAGAACAGACUCAAUUUUUUUCAAAGGUGAAACAAAAUUCAUAAAAUUUUUAUUGUACUGAAAAUGCAAGGUCUGUGUACUUGCACAGCUUGUGUACCUAUAACAUGUAUAUUUAAAAUACAAACAUGGUUAGAAAUGUACAGUACAGGGAUUUAUGUGCAGCAAAAAAUUAGUCAAUGCAAAUAAUUAAUAGUUAUGUCAGUCACAGUUAAUUAUAUCAAAUACAAAAUGACUAUAGUUAUACAUAUUUAAAUAGUCCAUGUGUCCAUUACACACUGAUACACAAUACAAGCAGGGCUGGAACAAUUCAAGGGUUCACAUCCAACAAAUAAAAGAUGGGUGAGUUAUUACUUACAACUACAAGUAAGAAAAUUAUAUCAAUAUUUGAAAUGACCUAGACCAGCAGUUCUCAACCUGUGGGUCCCAACCCCUUUGGGGGUCGAACGACCCUUACACAGGGUCGCCUAAGCCCAUCGGAAAAUGAAAAUUUAUUAAUUAGCAACGGAAAAAAUUUUACGAUUUUGGGUACCCACAACAUGAGGAACUGUUUUAAAGGGUCGCGGCAUUAGGAAGGUUGAGAACCACUGACCUAGACUAAACAGUGUACCUACCUAUGAAAUUUAUUUAUACAUACAUGGCAACCUAUUUAAUUCUUUUUGGUACUAGGUAAAUAAUUUUUCAUUUAGCUGCAUCUUUUCAAUUUAUAGCUUAUUAACUUUUACACUAAAUAAUCUUGCAAUGCCUUUGUCUCAAGCCUACCACACAAGACAAAUGUCGAUUAUCUUCUUUGUUGCUAUGGUUAGUGAAAAUAUCAACAAUAAAUGUAUAUCUCAUU